CCCCGCUCUCUCUCUCUCAGCGGUAUUGGGGUGUCCCUGCCCCCGCUCUCUCUCUCUCAGCGGUAUUGGGGUGUCCCUGCCCCCCCCAGACGAUGGCCGGCGUCUCCCCCUACGGCCGCUUCACGCACGCGGUGGUCCGCGGUAUCCCCGAGUCCUUCGGGCAGGAGGGGGGCGCGGCGCCGGCGGCGGUGGACCUGGCCAAGGCGCAGCGGCAGCUCGGGGUGCUGACGGGGGCGCUGCGGCAGAAGGUGGGGCUCCAGGUGCUCGAGGUGCCCGCCGACCCCCGGCUGCCCGAGAGCUGGCGGCUCGAGGACCUGGCCGUCGUCCAGGGCGACACGGCGCUCGUCACCCGGCCCUUCCGGCAGCAGAGGCGCGGAGAGGCUGAGGCGGUGAGGCAGGUGCUCUCAGAGCUGAAGCUGCGGGUGGUCGAGGUGACGGACGAGGGAGCCACACUCGAUGGCAGCGAUGUCCUGUUCACAGGGAGGGAGUUCUUCGUGGGCAUUUCUUCCCACACAAACCACAAGGGCGCAGAAGCAGUGGCCGAUACCUUCAGGGUGAGUGGACUGUCUCUGCUUGUCCUAACCCCCCCUCCUCCUCCUCCUCCCUCCUCCCAGGCCUUCCAGAAGCUGACCGACUGCACCCUGCUGCCCACCGCCUGCAGCGAAGCCGCCAAGCUGGGGGGCGGCCUGUCCUCCUUCUGCCUCCUCAUCAACCGCAAACCAGAGCUCUAG